AUGCCGCGUUUUUCCCAUUAUGAAGCCGCCUUGGGCUCACAAUUAUUUGAAAAAAUUAAAAACUGUCGUGUUUUAAUGGUCGGUGCUGGUGGAAUAGGCUGUGAGCUCUUAAAGAAUUUGGUCAUGUCUGGUUUCAAUCAAAUUGAACUGGUUGCUCGUGAAUCGGCUCUGAAAUUCAAUCCAAAUGCUAACAUCGUCGCGCACCACGCUAAUAUUAAAGACCCUCGAUUCAGUAUCGAAUGGUUUAAAAGCUUUGAUAUUGUCAUGAACGCUUUAGAUAAUCUCGAGGAAGAAUUAGAUAAAGAACUUAAUGAUGAGAAUGCCGAUGAAAUUGCAAACCUCAAAGCGGAAACGCUUGCGCUUAAACGCAUAAAAGAGGCGAUAGGAUCACAAGAUUAUCCCAAAAUAGUUUUUCAAAAAAUUUUUAACGAUGACAUUAAUCGUUUACUAACGAUGGAAGAUAUGUGGAAAACCAGAAAGCCUCCAGUUCCUCUUGUUUAUGAAGAAAUCGAAAAACUUAAAAAUACAGAAUCACAAUCUGUGCAAAUUACUAAUAAUAAUACCUUAAGAGAUCAAAGAUUAUGGACCACUAACCCGGAUGCAUCAUUGGUCUUUGAUAAAGAUGACAUUGAUGCCAUGGAUUUUGUAACCGCAACGUCCAAUCUACGCGCAAGAAUAUUUGGUAUUGAAGAAAAAACACGAUUUCAAGUAAAAGCAAUGGCCGGAAAUAUUAUUCCAGCUAUCGCGACAACCAAUGCUAUUGUUGCUGGAAUGAUCGUGAUGCAGGCGUUUAAAGUUCUAAAUGGUGAUUUUAAAGAAUGCAAGACAGUGUAUUGUUCUCCAGAUCGACGACCGAAAUCCAUUCUUUCAGAAUCUUUAAAUAAACCUAAUCCGGAAUGCUCUGUGUGUCAAUCCGCACAUGUUACCUUGAAUGUGAAUGUUAAGACAGCAACUUUACGAGAUUUUCUUAAAGAAGUCGUUCAGGGGCACGACGAAAGUGAAAAUGACAUUUGUGAAGUUUCAGUAGAAGAAGGUGGAAGAAUUAUAUACGAUGUCGAAUAUGAUGAUAAUCUUGAUGCAACGUUCGAAAAAUUAAACAUAACCGAUGGCAAAAUGGUGAAAGUAACUCCUGAAGGCGAGGAUGAAGAAAAAGAAACAUUUGAGUCACCAAAUACUUGGUUUCAUAUUGAUGGUGACAUAGCACCUAGAUUUCGUACAUAUACUAAUUCAAAUGCACAUAAAAGAAAGCUUGAUGAUUCUGAGGUUGAUCCUCAGGAAGAAUCUUCUCGUAAAAGGCCUGCUGUUAUUGAAAAUGAGGUUAUUGUUCAAGACGACGAUCUUAUAAUGACUGAAGAUGGGCCUCAAAGACUUAUUAUUAUCGAUUAG